AUGGUCAAGUACCUUAAUGCCACCUCUGUCUUGUUACUUCUUGUAUCAUUUGCUGCGUUCACAUGUGCCAUCUCGCCAUUGAAGAAUUAUCCUGCAACAUCAUCUCAUCAACAACAACAGCCAAUGCACACAUGUUGCAUGCCUCGUCAACAUACUUUCCAUUUCGAAGGAAGUAAAACCAUGUUGGAAAAUUGUAAUGGCAUGAAUUGUAAUUCUGGUUUUGGAGUUUUUCGUCAAAGACACAUGCCAGAUUUCUAUAAUCGUCGUUAUCGUUUAGAUUCCCGUAUUGAAAUAAAUGGUCAACUAGUUGUUGAUAAUACAGUUAUGGGAUUCAUGGAUCCGUAUCCUUCCAGUUUUGGUGUUGAGUAUACUUUCAAUGGUACUUCUUGCUCUUGUAGAAAGUUAACUAAACAAGGUGAAAUGUUGAUGGUCACAUGCGUAGAAUUUGAUUUUGACUUUGAAGGUGACAUUGCCAUUGGAAUUGAAACUGAAGAUCAUGUUAAAGCUCAAAAAUUUGUUAGACGAAAGCAGGUGAAUUCGAAUACUACUGAAAUUGACACCCUAAUUGUCCAACCAAUUCAAAGAAAGGCCCCUCCACUUCCAUAUCCAGAUCCAUAUCCAUGUUUUUAUGAUUGUGCUAUUAUUUCCAUGGAAGGAAAAACACAAGUUGUUGAUUCGAAUGGAGGAAUGAUAAGUGUUUCUUCAUAUAGUGGAGGAAGUUGGAAUUUCAAACCUUUUAAUACUGAUGCUGAUUAUGUUAUUCCAUCUUAUUGCCAAAAAUGUUAA